UGUCUCUCCACCACAGUAGCCGUACAAAUUCAAAUCCUAGCAGCGAGAGAGCUCAAUUUUUUUGGGGUUUUAAACGGUCGGAUUCCAAGCUUUUUCAGAGGUUCUCACGGCUCUCUUUUGUUGAUUUCUUCUGUUUGCAAGCUCGAGUAGUCAUUCAUCACAGUGAAGAUAGGGUUUUGAUUCAGCCAUGGCUGCUGUUGAACCUGCGUAUGAGGAGUUCCGGAAGCAAAGGUUGGAGGAGAAUAGGAGGCGAAUGCAAGAGCUCAAUCUUGCUGCACUCUCUCAAACCCUGAAAAAAUCUUGCCCCAAGCCAUCGCCCUCUAAGUACUGCAAGCCCAAGACCCCGAGGAUCGAUAUGGGACUUGUAGAAGUAAGGAGGUCAUCAAGGGUUGCAGCCAUGCCAGCUGCAAGUUAUAAAGAGGUAAAAUAUGAAUAUAUGGAGAUGCCACGAAGGAUCUACAAGAGGAGGGCAUUGUUAGAUCGAAGCCAUAUAUCGGAUGGAGCUAGGACAAAAGCUAUAGAAAGAGCCGAAGUCCUACAGUCAAAUUUGGAACCUAUCUACCCUAGUUUUGUGAAACCUAUGCUUCACUCGCAUGUCAAAGUUGGCUUUUGGCUUGGACUUCCUGUGGGCUUUUGUAAGUCCAACCUGCCAAAAAAUGAUGCUAUAAUUACUUUGGAAGAUGAAGAUUGCAAUGAAUUCCAGACAAACUUUCUUGCUCAGAAGACUGGAUUAAGUGCUGGAUGGAGAGGAUUUGCAAUUGACCAUGAAUUAAAUGAUGGGGAUGCAGUGGUUUUCCAACUAGUCAAACCUCUGAAAUUUAAGGUGUAUAUUAUUAGGGCCAUGGAGCAAAAAGAUUCCAAUGAAGUUAUUGAUGAACCACACUAGAAAACUCAAUCAAGAUAAGAGAAUUGAUUACUCGCUUGCUCAUCCAAAUUUUGGCACCGAAAUUUUUUUAUACCAUAUGGAGGAUAAUAUUGUAUCCUGUCAAUUCUCCAUAUAUUUUGAUAACACAACUGGCGAUGGUGUUGUAUUCGCUCCCUGUUUCUUUUGCAUAGAUUUUGUUAUUUUUGAACAAUUAUGAUUCUCCAAUGGAAAAUUUUAUAUUA